AGCGCCCUCUUCACGUGCAGUGUCGCUAUUGUGAGAUCACCGAGUAUUCGGAGCGUUAUUUCUUUCGCUUUGUCCCUUGCUGGAUUUUUGAAUUUGCCUGUGAUAAAAAUUACGGUGGUGGACUAUAUUGUAGUUUUUUUUUUAAGUAAUCGUAAUAUUUUACGGAUACUUCUAGUUUAAUUUUAUCGUAACUUUCAAUUUUAAAUUGUAAUAUGGCUGACCAACACCAGGAGCAGAAGACCGAAGGUGAUGGUGGAUCUGAAUAUAUUAAAUUAAAAGUUGUAGGACAGGAUUCUAAUGAAAUUCAUUUCCGUGUCAAGAUGACAACACAGAUGGCCAAGCUCAAAAAGUCCUACAGUGAUAGAGUGGGUGUACCAGUAACAUCACUUCGCUUUCUUUUUGAUGGUCGAAGGAUUAAUGAUGAUGAAACACCUAAACAGCUUGAGAUGGAGAAUGAUGAUGUUAUUGAAGUAUAUCAAGAACAGACUGGAGGAGAAAUUUGAAAACCAUUUUGAUAGCAAUGAGCUGUAUAGCUUUUCGGACAUUCAUUUUUUUUUUUUUGUCUGAGGUGCAGACGCUCUCUUCAUUAUUUUGUAUGUUAUCAUCAUAUGUAAUCACUUCUGGAAACUUCACAUUUGUUUUUAGAAUAUCAGUCAUCCAUGUUUUUCAGCUUAUGUUAUACCGAACUUCUGCCGUUUAUAGUAAUUUUCUUCCCAAGCCUUAUAAAAAGCAUUUUAAGUUGUGACUUGAGUUUUGCUUCUACAUAUGUUUUUUAAGCUAAGUACUAAAUUUUAAGCAUGUAAGUAAGUGUUACGAUGUCAGUGAUGGAAAUUGUAGUUGUUUCAUCCAGUUAUGUGAGAUACAUUUCGUUUUGUAUACCAUUGUCAGUUUUGUGUUAUAAGCCAUUAUUUUAACAGUAUGUAAUUGAAAAAUAAUUAAACAAAAUUCAUUGUACAGCUUGAAAUUUUAUGCCAAAUCAUUAUAAAGACUCAUAAAACACAGGGAAAACAAAGGGAUUCUUUCCUUACCCCAUUAAGUAGAUAUUUACGUAAAUGUUCUGUAUUUUACUAAUAGUAAUGAAUUUCUAUAUAUACAUGUAUCUGUUUUAAAUUUUGCUCAUCUCUUGAAUUUCGUAGCACUUCUAAUGUAAAUGUGAUUUUGUUUUCGAUUUAAAUACAAAAUAUAAUUAAUUUUUUCCAUAUAACCAGAAUUGUCUUAUUUAUAUAAAAAUACAUAAUUGAUAAAACAAUGUUUGUAUUUCAUUUAGUUGAUAAAUAAACCAUUAUUAAAUUCCA